AUGGCCCGCCUAAAGUCUGUCCGCGCGCCUACAACCGCCAGUCUACCCAGCAACCUCCGCAUCCCCUCCUCCACGCCGUCCCUAGUCAAAGCCUUUGGCAAGCUCACCCGACAAGCACUGCUGGAUCUUGCGUUCCAAUGGCUCGAAGAUCGCAACCUCCAGGCAUUCCCACCAUAUCUCCAAGAAGAUGAUUACGAGAAAGGGGAGGAGGACGAGGGACUGAAUCCCUAUCCUGCGGAGCGCACCGUCAACGAUGUCCGAAACGCAUACCAGGAGUUGCAGCUGCGAAAAGGCGGCAAACGCGAAGUAAUUGAUCGCAUCCUCGAAGGCGACUGGAGACAUGGGAUUACCCUGCGACAACUAGCCAUGGUUGACCUUCGCUACAUCGACGACCACUCCUCCAGCCUCCGAUGGACCGCACUGGAGCUCUCCCGCAUCGAAAGCCAACAACAACAACAACAACAACAACAACAACAACAACAACAACAACAACAACAACAACAACAACAACAACAACAAUCAUACCCCUCCGACCUCUCCGCAUGUCUCCCGCGCGUCCAUGCCUCAACCUUCCUCAGCAAGCUCCAGCAACAAAUCUCCCCGCUAGUAAAAGCGCACUACUACCUCUCCCGCUCGACCUCACUCCCACUCACCUUCCUCCGCAUCUUCGUCACCAACUCCCCCUACCAACAUCCGCGCCAGGCCGCCGAACUCCUCACCGACUCCUCGCGCGUCAUCUACAUCGCAUUCCCAGACAGCUGUCCCUACCUAUACACCUCCAUAGCCUCCACCCCGGGCUCCUCCAAAUCCAGCAGCGCAUCCGCAACCCCCACCGCCAUCGCAACCGACCCCCGCAGCCUGCAACGUCUCGUCCGCGACGCCCUCCCCAAGGCCCUUUCUCUCCCCCACCAACGCUACACUCUCAAACCCACCUCCCUAACAGCCAAAAGUCUCCAAGCGCUCCUCUCCCUCCGCGGCCCCGGCCGUGCCAAUCAAUCCACCGGCGCAUUCAGCAUCUUCGCCGAUGCUGCCCUCGAAGGAAGUCCCCUGGACCCUCGACCAUCCAACACCGUCACCCCAGAAGAGCACAUGAACCAUCCAUCGCACCACAAGGAGAACCAACAGCCCGAUGACGCCGACACAUCCACCUCUAAACCACCCAAACGACCCAACACCGAAUACGAAGACCCACACGUCUCCAAAAAGCGCACCUUAACUGUACAAUCCCGCUUCGGUACCUCCGCCUCUCUAUCCUCUGCUCCGCUCGACCGUCUCGAUGUCCGUCUCCUCGAUCCCCCAAAUCCCAAAUCAACAUCCACAUCAACAUCAUCAGCACCAACCCUCUCCCUCACCUUCACCGGUGCAGACGUAAUCAGCGGAUUCCGCAAACUAGCCGAGAAUGGCAUCAUCAAUGCAGAAAAAAUGCCUUCGUGGAUGACAGGCGAAGAAGCAGUGAGUGUAGCCGUUGUUCGUCGGGGUCGGCGGGUCGUGAAGGACAGUGGAUGA